AUGGCCUUGAACGUGGUCUUCGAUCCUCCGGGAGCGCCAGCGACGGGCAGUGAUACGAACCGACUUGCCAUUCAAAUGACGCAGGAUUGCGAUUGUGACGACCAAGCCGAGUUUUGGCCCGUGGCUAUCAGGGGCAAGAUCCCUCAAAGCCUCAAGGAGGAUGGAAUCUUCCGCGUUCGCGAAGGCGAUGAGGGCUUCUUUGUGCGCCAAAAGCAACGAAUGGUAUGGGUUCAGUUCUUCACAUCUCACGAAGCAGUUGACGUUGUCGUCCCUUCGGAUUCCUUCGCUCGAGGAAGGCCAUUCAGACCCCUACGAGAGAAGCUUGCCGAGAGCUCCACCGUCCCGACACCCGCCGGCCAAGUUUCAGACCUUUCCGUCGGCCGUGACAAGAUCUCUAGGUUUUGUUAUCGUUUCUGGGGGACCGUCGGCAAUGCACAAAAUCGCCAUAAUAUCGUCAAUGUUUUGGGGAUGCCUAGCCACAUCUACGACAUGUUUUUCUCAGCAGAAAACUCCCUUCGACUGGUUAAUACUGCACUUGACGGUCUCUUGCCGGCUGUACGAGGUCUCUUCGAAAAACAAACAUGGACCAUCCAUGACAUCUUGCACUUGCGAUCGGCUACGUCGACAUGGCCUGGCGAUGGCGUUACAAUCUACGUCAGACCCUACACUCACUUGGAUCAACGACAACAGGACAUCAACGACUCGGCUUUAUACGUGGGGAGUUCCAACAACGUAUACAAGCGGCAUCAGCAACAUGAAAAUUGCAUUGCCAAGAAUGAUCCGAGCAGACACUACACACUUGCCGCCAGGUCCAACUCGAAGAACAGGAAAACCAUCCCUCUCAUCUUCUGGCCUUUGUCAACUUACCAGACAUUUUCUGGCCCAUGCACUUUUGUUGCCGAGCAGUUGAUGAUUGGGGCUCUCUUCACUUGGCAUGCCGACAUAUCAGCUGCUGCUAACGAGCCUUCCAUAAAACAAAACUGGUUAUCUGGCUCGGCAUUCCUUUACAGAAUUGCUCAAUCCACUCGCAUCGCAGUAGGAUUACCAAAUCCCCCAUGGAAAGGAGCUAACGUGGCGAGCCCUAUCUUUCAAUACAAAAACGCACCUUUUGACAUUCCAUGCUUUAGAAUGGAGGACAGAAAUAUUUACCGCUUGCCUGCAAGGUUCAGCCCGAGGUCGAAGGGAAAGGCCUUGUACAAUUCGAUAAAGUAUCAUGCAUCCGACAAGCAGAAUAAGCACGUUGAAUUUAUGCUUGGAACUUCAGCUGUUGAUGAAAACAAACUUCCAAGUCUACUCAUAUGCUAUCUUGUCUUUGAAGUAAUGCACGAUGGCAAGAUACAUGAGCAUCCAUGGGUCGGCUCCCCUACAAUCGGACCAUUUGAGAAUUUUGAUUCAGCAUCUCGCCUAGGGAUACGCGUCGAAUGGUACGAUAAAACCCAGCGCAAGUGGCUUUCGCUCAAACUACAAAAUGGCAACUACAGCUGGCCUCGGCUCCAUCAAACUCGAGAUCCUGAGGAUGCUAUUAGACACUGGCGUGAGGCAAUGAACCUGAUCCAGUUGUUCGAGGGAAUUGAAUACGUUGGAGAUAAGAUGGAUGGUUUCCCACGACGAGCUUGGUUUGGAAACAAGCGAAUCUUGAUGCUACAGGUGGAUCAUCUCCAACAAAGGGCACGCUGGACAACAAGACCAAGCCAUCGUCGACCCGUCCCUCGCCGAACCAAGUUCGAUAUGAAUGUCAAUGCUAUCAAGGAUGCAUUCGUGGGUAAAGGGACUAUAAUCCGGAAGGAAGGCCCCCCCCCGGUCGAUUCUCCAUUUUGGCGUCUGACUGAAUCCGAUGUGCUCAAGAGGAACAAGAUGGGGCAACGGGAGGGGGGGGCUCGUUGUGACCUCUGUAUUAUCUCGAGGAGAGAAGUGGGAACCGAUGGGCGCAUUUUUUGGGAUUGUGUCCGCGAUAACAAUCGUACUGACGUUUGGGUCUGUGUCUGUUGCUCGGCCCUCAACCGGCCUUGUACAUUUUCCGCCCCAAGCACACUUAUGAAUAAAUGGGGGGAUGACAAACCAUGGGUCACCAAGGGUACGCCCCUAAGCAUGUGCAGCAGAACCGAGUGGAGAUUUUUGGUAUUUUAUCGGACUUUGACACCUGCAGAACUGCAAACCGCCCAGGAAAUUGCUACUCCACUUGGAGGUGAGAGGAAUCUGAUGGAUUUCGCGGAUGUCCAAGAAGAAGAGCAGCAGGUAGCUGUUGCGGAGGAAGACUCGGAGGAACAUUUGGAGGAAGAUGAGUAG